ACCUUAAAUUGAAGUGUUUUAAAAGCAUCUAUCACAAGUAAAAAUGUUCCCAAAACUGAUAACAGUUUACUUGAGUUUAAUUUUCAUAGGUCAGGCCUUGAGUGCUAGUGACAAAGUAAUAUGUUACUACGCCAGUUGGGCUGUCACCAGGCCUGGAAAUGGUAAAUUCGUACCGGAAGACAUCGAUCCCAGCUUGUGUACUCAUAUAAACUAUGCUUUCGCCGGUCUGAACACUGACGGGACACUACAAAUUUUAGAUGAAGAAAAUGACGUGAACCAAGAGGGUUUCAAACGUGUGAGUGGACUUAAAGAACAAAAUCCUAACUUGAAGGUUCUUCUAAGUGUUGGUGGAGCAGCUGCUGGUACAGAUGUGUUUAUAUCGAUCACCAUGGAUGCUCAAAAACAACAAGCUCUGGCCCAAAGCGCUAUUGAAUUUUUUGAAACCUACAACUUUGAUGGGCUAGAUGUUGACUGGGAGUACCCUAACAGCAAGGAAGGUUUCAACACUCUUCUUUCAUCUUUAAGAUCUGCUUUUCAACCAGGAGGUUACCUAUUGACUGUUGCUGUUAACUCGAUUCCUGGAGAGGUGGGAGGCUAUGAUAUCCCUACAAUGUCUAGUACUUUAGAUAUCAUAAAUGUCAUGACCUACGACUUUCACGGUAUCUUCGCUGGUUUCACGUCUGAAAAUUCUCCACUUUAUGGAGGAGUAAAUGAAAGUGACUGGAUGCAAGAAAAUCGUAAUGCUGAUGCAGCUAUUCGGUACUGGAUUGAUGGUGGUGCCGACCCACAAAAAGUUGCCAUCGGAAUAGCAUUCUAUGGGCAUUCGUUUAUUUUGCAAAAUCCUUCAAACCAUGGUCUUAAUGCUCCUACUUCAGCUCCAGCAGAUCCGGGAGAGUACACAGAUAAUCUUGGUAGCUUAGGUUAUAAUGAAAUAUGUGAGUUCCAUCCCGACGGUACAGUAGUUUUCUUAGAUGACAUGAAAGUACCAUAUUUGUAUGAUGGUAGUUUCUGGAUUGGUUACGACAAUGAAGAAUCCGUAGCUCUUAAGGUUCAAUACGCUAAAGAAAAAAAUUUGGCUGGAGUUUUCAUAUGGUCUAUUGAAACAGAUGAUAUGCACGAAUUUUGUGGACAAAAGAAUGGUUUGCUGAAGGCAAUAAACGCUGAAAUUAAAAAAUAAAAUUAACUACAUAUAAUGUAAUGAUUAAAAUAAACAGUUUAAGUUAA